ACACUACAUCACUCUUCUUACGUUGCUUUAUAUUCAUGAUGCCGGAACAAACGUACAUGUACGCCUAUGUAACGCUGCCGCACCAUGACCAGAGAGAACGCUACACUCAGAAAUGUUAUCGGGACGGAAGACGGAUUGUGUUGGCAAGCUACGACUUGAUGGGAUCAGAGAGAUUCAGUUUCAAAGAGAAGCUUCGGAAGUCAAUGAAAGGAAUGAACGAGUCGGCCGAACGAUGGGUUUCGGAAGUGCGUCAAGGUACGACCAAGAGACGAUUUGCGAUUAGAGUCUUAAGGACAAAACUUGGCUUCUAUUCUUGCUUCAUUCGUAGUGUUGGAUGUUUUACUUCUUGUGUGGGGCACAAAGAUAAUUUCAUGAAGUAAUUAAUCUAAACCUAAAGUAUUCACUGAUGUUGCUUUUCUUACACAUACAUGUAAAUAUUUUAUUUCAUAUAUACACGCACACACACGUGACACGUGCGUGUUUUCUUUGGAGAGUUUUGUGUGAAUAUUUCAGUAUCCCACAUUGAGAUUCAAGUUGGAGACUUUGUUGAAUGAAAAGGUUUGGAUAGGCUUACAGUGUAUAUAUGUAAUCAGGAAUCAAAACCAAUAUUUUUGUAUUAACCCUUGAUUUCAUGAUCACUAUGAAUUGAUA